UUUGCACUGUCAGUGAGCAAGACGCGAGUGGAAUUGAGUCAAAUUGAGCGAUUCUAAUAUUACAUUGUACAACCUUCCGGAAACAAUACCUUGCAAAUUUCGUUAAAAUAUUUGUAAAAGGUUCCUGAUACUCGGAUUUACAAUGAGCAAACAAUUUCAACUCCCUGAUGCAAUGGUUCUUGGGCUCAACGCAAAAGCCAACACAACCAAGCUAGCGGCUGCCCAUCCUUUAGAAUCUUCAGAAAAAUCGCACGAGAGUCGGGCAGAGCAAAUGGAGUUUGCCAUGCUGCGAAAAAUUCAAGGAAUUCAUGCCCCCCUUCGCCUUCAAAUGGAGAGAAAGGCGACCCUCAAGGUUGGACAUUUACCAUUUCUCCCACGACACAACGCGUCCUACAAUGUGCUUACAGGGAAGGAUGAAACGAUCGAUUUUGAAGAUUUCUUAGGACAUCCACAUGAACCUGAAGUGAUGGGCCAACCACACGCAGUUAUGGAACGACAGUGGGGUCUUUUGUAAACCUUGAUUUGAAUUUUUCUCUUAUGUAUUUAAAUAAUUGUCACAUCAAAAUUUUAUACUUUGUGUCCGGUACAGUUGAGAUAUAUGGCCAUGCUUAGAAGCUUGGAAUUCACAUUAAUAAAUUGAAGUACAUAUUACCAUAA